AAGGUUAAAGGCUUGAAAUACUAUCAUAGAAAAUAUUGGGAUUUAAAUCCAUUUGUAAAAGACUAUUCGAAAUUUUAUAUAAUGGAUGUUUUAUUAUUAAGAGAUUACCCUGAGCAUAAUACUACAUUUGCAUAUCUUAACCACCCUAUAAUGAAGGUAGAUAUACUGGGCUUUAUUAUUGAAAUGCGAAACACCUAUUCAGGUUAUAGAUACAGGAUACAAGACAACACAGCAACAAUUACUUGUUUUCAUAAUUUAACAGAUCAAUGUCAGCCACAAGGCUUUUAUUCUUUGGGCGAUCUGGUCAAUAUAAGAGGUGUAGUGAAAAAGUCUUAUACAUCCUCUUAUAACAUUAGGCUUGAUUAUAUAAGAAAAAUUAACAAUGUUGAAGCAGAAUGUAUCAGAGCAUUUGAAAUGGAAAAUCUUUAUCAUCAUUAUGAUAUACCCUUCAGAAUCACCAAAAAGCAAUUUAAACUACGUGAAAAAAAUAAAUAUAUAAGUAAAGUGCAUGCUACAAAGUGCAAUGACAUAGUUGAUUUGCCAAUACCGGUAUUUAUUGAUGAAUCAUAUUACUCUAGUUCUAUAUUACAUGAUUCUAACAAUUGGUCUACCUUAUCUCUUAACAGUAACGUGGAUUUACAAGAGAAAUAUGUAGAAGAUAUUUUUUAUAGUAAUAUAAAUACCAAUUCAACUCCUUUGUUAGAGAAAAAUGUAAAAAAUUUAAAUAUACCAAAUAUUACGCCAUUUACUAAAAACUACACUGAUCAUGGGAGAAUUAAAACUCUGGAAAAUUCUCAAGAUAGUUUGCAUAAGGUUUCAACCAUUCUAUUUAAUGAUCCAGAUCAACACUUACAUAUGACAGAUAAUCAUUCAAAUAAUACAAUCAACAGCCAAACUCUUAUUAUGGAUAAUGCUAAAAUCAUAACUACCAGCUCCAAAAAUUCUAGUUAUUUAAUAGAAAGAUUACAAUUUAGUUUUGUAAAACGUUUGGUUAAAUCAUUACUGAACAAAUGUGUUAUUAAUUGGCUCAAAUAUGGUAAAAGGACUGACCAAUCUUUAUUUAUAAGUGAUAUCAAUUUUUAUAGGCAAGUGUUAAGACUUGAUUUAAAUUGCCCUGAAAGGUGCAAUGAUAAUUUUUAUUUAAAAAAACGAGUCUAUAAUGAUUUUACAAAUAUCGUUAAAAAGAAGUUAAGAUACAUUCACAACAACUGUUGUUUAAGUAAUCAGAGAAAUUUUUCUACCUUUAAUUUAGAAAAUGGGGGAAAAGUGACUCCUGACAUUAAAACAUUUACAUUUAAGAGUGACUCUUCAAAAUUAUUCCAUGACUUUAAAUUUCUUGCAGAUGACAAUUUAGUAUCUGAGGAUAAAAACAAAGAUGAGGUUUUAGAUGAAUCACUCAUAGAUGUUCAUUUUACUUAUGAGAAAAAUUGUUUUGACCAAAUCAAUGAAAUCAUUAUGAGAAUUACGGAAAACAAAAAUGAUUCAAAUACAAUUGUUAAUGAGCAAAUAUCAGACUCUAUGAACUAUGACAUACACAUAAUUCAGAUGAUAGAUGAAAUUCUGUCAAAAUUAUCCAAUCUAGGAAUACUAAUUAGGUCUCGAAAAAGUUAUCCUUUCUUACAACUAGAUAAUGGAGGCAAUACUCACAAAUAUUUAAUAACAGCAAAAUUGUCCUCUGUUAAAUAUUAA